UUGCCAGUGAGUUCAGUCCAGACCUCCAGGGACAUCCAGACAUCUGGGGGAAGUGCUUUCCUGGAAGGGAACUCCGGAAACUUGGGAUCUUAAUCAGGACCUUUUCCACUGAGGCUGGAGGUUGUACUUUCUGUUCUAGCAGCUUGACCGGCUUCUCAAGGUCCCAAAUGCCAACCACUACUCCACAGAAACAGCAGAGCACUGGCAUGGAAAGAGCCAGUGAACUGCUCUUCUACGUGAAUGGCUGUGAGGUGACAGAAAAAAAUGUGGAUCCUGAAACAAUGCUGUUACCAUAUCUAAGGAAGAAGCUCCGACUCACAGGAACGAAAUAUGGCUGUGGCGGGGGAGGCUGUGGUGCCUGCACUGUGAUGAUAUCACGCUACAACCCCAUCACCAAGAAGAUAAGGCAUUUUCCAGCAAACGCCUGUCUGACCCCCAUUUGCUCUCUGUAUGGGGCUGCUGUCACCACAGUUGAAGGGAUAGGAAGCACCAAGACCAGGAUUCAUCCCGUCCAGGAGAGGAUUGCCAAGUGUCAUGGCACUCAGUGUGGCUUCUGCACCCCUGGGAUGGUGAUGUCCAUCUACACGCUGCUGAGGAACAACCCGGAGCCCACUCUGAGUCAGUUAACUGAAGCCCUUGAUGGUAACCUGUGUCGUUGCACUGGAUACAGGCCCAUAAUUGAUGCCUGCAAGACUUUCUGCAAAACUUCUGGUUGCUGUCAAAGUAAAGAAAAUGGGACUUGCUGUUUGGAUCAAGGAAUAAAUGAAUCACAAGAACCUGAGGAAGAAAAUAAAGCAAGUCCAAAACUGUUCUCAGAAGAGGAAUUUCUGCCAUUGGAUCCAACUCAGGAAUUGAUCUUUCCUCCUGAGCUAAUGAUGAUGGCUGAGAAACAACCACUAAGGACCAGGGUGUUUGGUGGUGACAGAAUGAUGUGGAUCUCCCCAGUGAGUCUGAAGGAUCUUUUAGAAGCUAAAGCCAAGUAUCCUCAGGCCCCUGUUGUCAUGGGGAACACCUCUGUGGGGCCUCAAAUGAAAUUUAAAGGAGUCUUUCACCCAGUUAUAAUUUCUCCUGACAGAAUUGAAGAACUGAAUGUUGUGAGCUAUUCAUGUAAUGGGCUGACAUUAGGUGCUGGACUCAGCCUGGCUCAGGUGAAGGACAUCCUGGCUGACAUGACUCUGAAGCUCCCCAGUGAGAAGACACAACUGUACCACGUGCUCUUGAAGCAUUUGGGGACUCUGGCUGGAUCUCAGAUCAGAAACAUGGCGUCUUUAGGAGGUCACAUCGUCAGCAGGCAUCUUGACUCAGAUGUGAAUCCCCUCCUGGCUGUGGGCAACUGUACCCUAAACUUGCUGUCAAAGGAGGGAGAACGACAGAUUCCUUUAAAUGAGCAAUUUCUCAAAAAAUGCCCGACAGCAGAUCUUAAACCUGAAGAAAUCUUGAUUUCAGUGAACAUCCCUUAUUCCAGGAAGUGGGAAUUUGUGUCAGCUUUUCGACAAGCCCAGCGCCAACGAAAUGCACUUGCUAUAGUCAACUCAGGAAUGAGAGUCUGUUUUGGAGGAGGGGACGGCAUCAUUAGAGAGUUGUCCAUUUUCUAUGGAGGUGUUGGUCCAACCACCGUCUGUGCAAAGAAUUCUUGCCAGAAACUCAUUGGAAGGCCCUGGAAUGAAGAGAUGCUAGAGACAGCCUGCAGGCUGAUUUUGGAGGAAGUCUCCCUGCCAGGCUCAGCUCCUGGUGGGAAGGUGGAGUUUAAGAGGACUCUCAUCAUCAGUUUCCUCUUCAAAUUCUACCUGGAAGUAUCACAGAUUUUGAAGAGAAUGGCCCCUGUUCAUUCUCCUGGCUUUGCUGACAACUAUGAGAAUAUGUUAGAAGACCUUUCUUCCAGGCAGUACUGGAGUGCAUUCAAGUAUCAGACUGCAGAUGCAAAGCAGCCUCCUCAAGAUUCAGUUGGCCGUCCUGUCAUGCAUUUGUCUGGCAUCAAACAUGCCACGGGGGAAGCCAUCUACUGUGAUGACAUGCCAAAGCUGGACCAGGAACUCUUCUUGACCUUCGUAACAAGUUCAAGAGCCCAUGCUAAGAUCAUGUUUAUUGAUCUGUCAGAAGCUCUCAGCCUGCCAGGUGUGGUGGACAUUGUGACGGAGGACCACCUUCAUGGAGUUAACUCCUUCUGCCUUUUAACCAAACCUGAGAAACUUCUGGACACAUACAAGGUGUCUUGCGUGGGACAGCUGGUCUGUGCAGUGAUUGCAGAAUCUGAGGUUCAGGCAAAGCAGGCUGCGAAGAAAGUGAAGAUUGUCUACCAAGAUCUGAAGCCACUGAUUCUGACAAUCGAGGAGGCCAUACAACACAACUCCUUCCUGGAAGAGGAGAGGAAACUGGAAUAUGGAAAUGUCGAUGAAGCAUUUAAAGUAGUUGAUCAAAUUCUUGAAGGUGAGAUACACAUGGGAGGACAAGAACAUUUUUAUAUGGAAACUCAGAGCAUGCUUGUUUCCCCCAAAGGGGAGGAUCAAGAAAUAGACGUCUAUGUGUCCACACAGUUUCCCAAAUACAUACAGGACAUAGUGGCCUCCACCUUGAAACUCCCAGCUAACAAGGUCAUGUGUCAUGUUAAGCGUGUCGGAGGGGCAUUCGGGGGGAAGGUGACCAAAACUGGCAUCAUGGCAGCUAUCACUGCAUUUGUUGCAAACAAACAUGGCCGGCCAGUCCGCUGCAUUCUGGAACGAGGAGAAGACAUGUUAAUAACUGGAGGCCGGCACCCUUACUUUGCAAAGUACAGGGCUGGCUUCAUGAAUGAUGGCAGAAUCUUGGCCUUGGAUAUGGAGCAUUACAGCAAUGGUGGUGCCACCUUGGAUGAGUCAUUAUUUGUAAUUGAACUCGGAAUCCUGAAGAUGGAGAACGCUUACAAGUUCCCUAACCUGCGCUGCCGGGGAUGGGCCUGCAAAACCAACCUGCCGUCCAACACAGCUCUGCGUGGCUUUGGCUUUCCUCAGUCAGGGCUGAUCACUGAGGCCUGUCUCACAGAAGUUGCUGCCAGGUGUGGCUUGUCUCCUGAGGAGGUUCGAACAAUAAACAUGUACAAGGAAAUUGAUCAGACACCUUACAAACAAGAGAUUAAUGCUGAGAAUCUGAUCCAGUGUUGGAAAGAAUGCCUGGCCAUGUCUUCUUACUCCCUGAGGAAAACAGCUGUGGAAAAGUUCAAUGCAGAGAACUACUGGAAGAAGAAAGGACUGGCUGUGGUCCCCCUCAAGUUUCCUGUGGGUCUUUUGUCCCUCGCUGCUGGUCAGGCCGCUGCCCUGAUUCAUGUUUACCUGGAUGGCUCUGUGCUGGUGACUCAUGGUGGGAUUGAAAUGGGGCAAGGGGUCCACACUAAAAUGAUUCAGGUGGUCAGCCGUGAACUAAGGAUGCCGAUGUCCAAUGUCCAUCUGCGUGGAACUAGCACAGAAACCAUUCCUAAUACGAAUGCAUCCGGGGGUUCCGUGGUGGCAGAUCUCAAUGGGUUAGCAGUCAAGAAUGCUUGUCAAACUCUGCUGAAGCGCCUUGAACCCAUCAUCAGCAAGAAUCCUCAAGGCACUUGGGAGGACUGGGCUCAAGCUGCUUUUAAUGAAAGCAUCAGUCUUUCCGCCACUGGAUACUUCAGGGGUUAUGAGUCAGACAUGAACUGGGAGACUGGGGAAGGCCAUCCUUUUGAAUAUUUUGUCUAUGGAGCUGCCUGUUCUGAGGUUGAAGUAGACUGCCUAACAGGUGACCAUAAGAACGUCAGAACAGACAUUGUCAUGGAUAUUGGCUACAGUCUAAAUCCUGCCCUUGACAAAGGCCAGAUUGAAGGUGCAUUUAUCCAAGGCAUGGGCCUUUACACAACAGAGGAACUGAAUUAUUCUCCUCAGGGUGUCCUGUACACUCGCGGUCCAAGCCAAUAUAAAAUCCCCGCCAUCUGUGACAUCCCUACAGAGCUGAACAUUUCUUUGUUGCCUCCAUCACAAAAUUCAAACACCUUGUAUUCUUCUAAGGGUCUGGGAGAGCCGGGUGUGUUCCUGGGAUGCUCAGUGUUCUUUGCCAUCCAUGAUGCAGUGAAGGCUGCAAGACAAGAGAGAGGCCUGUGUGGGCCGUUUAUGCUCAACAGUCCACUGACCCCUGAGAAGAUUAGAAUGGCCUGUGAAGACAAGUUCACAACAAUGAUUCCAAGAGAUAAACCUGGAUCCUAUGUUCCCUGGAAUAUACGCAUAUGAAUCAAAUACAAAUUUCUGGAGAAAAUGGAUGACUUCUUCAACCUAGCAAUCUAUCCAGUAUUUGUGCUUCAAGAUACUAGGGCUGAAAGACUGAUUUUCACAGCUCAGGAAUCACUUCACAGAGUAUUGCUUUUAUAUGUUGCAGAUUUUAAGUGUUCCAUUUAGAUUUUGAUAGACAUGCUUAAGCAAAUUAGAAGUCAUAUUUCACAUGGUAUAAAUACUAAUAGGUUUCCUCUUGAACGAUGCCCUUUGCUGUUCUGUUAAAUUCAUUCAGUUGAGUGGAACAGAGGAUGAGUUGUAUGUGAUUCAUAUUCUACUAAUAGAAAUUAUACUGUCAAAUGAAAAGCGAUUUUCUAAAUAUUUUUAUUAGCGGUCUAAAUUAUAGAGUUGUUAGUUUCUCAUUUAUUUCCAAUUGUUAUCACCUUCCAAUUCUUGUCAGCACAGACCCAAGCACUGUAUCAGAAGUCUAAUAAAGAUGAAUCAAUUGGGCUUCAUCAAAACUGAAAGCAUUUAUGUUCCAAAAGACACCGAUAGCUGGGGAAUGGAGGGGCAGAAGCAUAUACACAAACCACUAAAUGGGAGGAAAUAUUUGCAAAUCCCAUAUUUCAUAUAGAUUUAGUAUGCACAGUCUAUUUUAAAAACUCUUAGAACUCAACCAUAAAAAUCUAGAUAAUUCAUUUGUAACUCAUUUUAAAAGAGAAGGAUGACAGAGGACCUAGUGGGGGUUGUAUUGUUAUAUGGAAAACUGAGAAAUGUUAUGCAUGUACAAACUAUUGUAUUUACUGUCAAGUGUAAAACAUUAAUUCCCAAUAAAGAAAUUUUUUAAAAAGAUAAGUAA